UUCACGUUCCUGCCACCACGUAAUCCAAUCCCCCUCUUUCUCUCUCUCUCUCUCCUCCACAGUCCAUCCUCAAAUUCAUGGGAGGACUCAGAUCUCUGUUCAAGAAGAAGAAACAACAACACCAGGAGCCUGACAGCGACAGCAUCCCAAGCGCAAUGGCAUCAUCUCGAAUGGAGGAGGAGCUGCAGAAGGUGUUCAAGAAAUUCGACGCGAACGGGGACGGGCGCAUCUGCGCGGAGGAGCUGGGGGCGAUCAUGAGCAGCCUGGGGCACCCGGCGUCGGAGGAGGAGCUGCGCGGGAUGAUCCGCGAGGCGGACGGCGACGGCGACGGCUUCAUCGACCUCCGCGAGUUCAUCGACCUCAACAACACCAACGUGGACGAGGUGCACGAGACCCUAUGCCACGCCUUCCAGAUCUUCGACGCCGACAACAACGGCACCAUCUCCGCCGACGAGCUCCACAGGGUCCUCCGCAGCAUCGGCGAGGACUGCUCGCUCGACGACUGCAAGAGGAUGAUCAGCGGCGUCGACAUCGACGGCAGCGGCACCAUUGAUUUCCAUGAGUUUAAGCUCAUGAUGACCAAGGGCGCCCGCUUUGACCAUUCCAAAUCCGAAUGAUUUUUGCUGAUCCGAUCUCCAUAAUUUUACAUUUUCUUUUUUUCUUUUUUUUUUUUUUGGUGCUGAUUCUCUGGUAAUGGGUAUUUAAUUAAGAUUUUAAUUUUUUUUAUCUUUUUAGUUUUUGUUUUGUUGAAACUUUUUUGUCGGGACAAUAUAUGAUACGGUGAAAUUAAUUUGGUUUUGAAUUUAGGUUGUUAAUGAUUGUAGAAAUGUUGAUUAGAUUGUGUCUGGGCUUCUUGUUCGUCAUUCGAUUCAACCAACUGAAUGAAAAUGAUUUUGCAUGUUUGUCUA